AUGGCCCGCGCCGGGUGGGAGGUUGCUCGCGAGCUGCAAGAAAGCAUCCGGAAGGUUCUCAACCGCCCUGCCGUCCAUCUCUUGGUGAGGGUGAAGCUCGAAACCAAACCCAAGAAAAAUGAAGACCGGGUGCUGGUUCUUACCACCUGGCGCAUUUAUCUGUUUGGAAUUAAGAUGCCUGCCAAGCCCGAAAGCUCGUUCAACGUCUUGGAGAUCCGAGCAUUAAACCCAUUGAAUCACAACCAGAUCUUGGUGGAAACGGAGAAAGCCAACUAUAACCUGAAAUUUCCAACUCCAGAAAGCGCCGGACAGAUGACCAGACAUGUCAACUCUGCUUUAGCCAAAAUUUUCCCGAACCCAGCUUCCGUCUGCCUGAUCCGUCAUGGGAACGUGGAAACGCCGGAGACCUCCCGGGACGUCUCCCCCAAUUCAGAAAGUUCGAAUUCCACCAUUCACAGCAUUUGCGGAGGUUUCUCAGAAACGUAUGCAGCCCUUUGCGAUUACAAUGGACAGUCUUGCCGGGAAGAAGUUCAGUGGGAUGUGGAUACGAUUUAUCAUUCCGAAGACAACCGCGAGUUCAACCUCUUGGAUUUCUCUCACUUGGAAAGCCGAGACCUCGCUUUGAUUGUGGCAGCUUUGGCUUACAACCAGUGGUUUACCAAACUUUACUGCAAGGAUUUGCGGCUGGGCUCCGAGGUAGCUGAGCAGAUUUUGCACACGGUGAGCAAGUCCCAUCACCUGGAGGAACUGGUACUGGACAACGCAGGGUUAAAAACGGAUUUUGCCAUAAAACUCGCCAACGUUUUGCCGGAAAACCCCAACACCGCCCUCCACGUCCUGACGCUCUCGCACAACCCGCUGGAGGACAAAGGCCUGGGUGCCCUGAGUCAGCAGCUCCUGUGUUUUCCCAAAGGCCUUAGCAAACUCUGCCUUUCCAAGACCGGCAUCACUGCUAAAGGACUCGCCGUUUUGUGCCAGACUUUCAGUGCCAACCCAGCCUUCACCAGUUCUCUCCGCCAUCUUGACUUAAGCAAAAAUCCGGGCCUUCUGGGCACGGACGAGGCGAACAGUUUCUACUCAUUCCUGGCACAGCCUAAUGCACUAAUUCACCUGGACGUAUCUUCCACGGAUUGUGCGGUAGACGCCCUUUUUAGUGCGCUGCUGCACGGCUGCUGCCCUCGUCUCUGCUACCUCAAUCUUUCGCGAAACACCUUUCCCCACCGGAAAGGAAAAGAAUUCCCACCCUCUCUGAAGCAGUUUUUCUGCAGUGCCUACUCACUCAACUGUGUGAACCUGUCCGGCAUCAGGGUCCCCGUAGAAGCUUUGCGGUCUCUCAUGCAAGGUUUGUCUGCAAACACCCACCUCAGUGACCUGCACCUGGAUUUGAGCGGCUGCGAGCUCCGUUCUCCGGGAGCUCAGAUCCUUCAAGAACAGAUGCCCGGGAUAAACGCCUUGAGCGGUCUCGAUAUUUCGGAUAACGGCUUCGACGCAGAUUUGAUCACUUUGCUUCCGGCGUUGAGUAAGAACAAAUCUUUGAAACAUCUCUGGCUAGGGAAAAAUUUCAACGUCAAAUCCAGAACCCUGGAAGAAAUUCUCCAGAAGUUAGUGCAAUUUAUCCAAGAAGAAGAGUGUUCCUUACAGUCCUUCUCGGUGGCCGAUUCCCGGUUGAAAACCCGUUGUAGCAUCCUGAUCAACGCUCUGGGGAGUAACACUUGCUUGACCAAAGUGGACCUGAGCGGGAACAACAUGGAAGAUCUCGGCGCCAAGAUGUUGUCCAAGGCUCUGCAGAUCAACAGCACGCUCAGGAGCAUUUCCUGGGACAGGAAUGGGACCACCGCCCAAGGUUUCCAGGACAUCGCCCGGGCCUUGGAGAACAACUACACACUCAAGUUUAUGGCUUUGCCGAUGAGCGACAUCACCGCGGCGUACCGCAAUGCCCCCGACCGGACGGACGAGGUUUGGCAAAAGAUCCAGUGGUGUCUCCUGAGGAACAACCACUCUUCCAAGAUCUCCCAGGACCAAGCUUUCCGCCUCCACCAAGGAAUCGUCACCCAUAGCGCCGAGCAAAUGAUGAGCCGGCUUUGUGUGCGAGUUCAGGAGGAACUACGGGUCUUGAGAACGUGCUCGGCUGAUUCUGUCCAGGAGGAAGUCUUGUAUGCCCGGAAGUUGAUGAAAGAAGCCAAGAAUUCAAGAGCGCUCUUUCCCAGCCUGUAUGAACUUGGGCACCUGUUGGCCAGCGAUGGGCCCGUGCGCCACCGCCUGGAGUCCAUGGCCAACGAAGUGGCGAAAGCCGUCGACAAGGAACUUCAGAUGAUCUUGGAAUCCAUGGUGGCUCUAACCCAGGAGUUGUGUCCGCACGCCGUCCAGGCUGCUGAAGAUCAUCACAAGAUGUUGGCAGCUGUUUCGGAGCAUAUUACCGUGCCCCGAAACUUUAUCCGAGCCGCUUUGCUGGAACAGGCUGGUCAGGAUAUUCAGAACAAGCUCAACGAGGUGAAACUCUCAGUCGUGACGUAUCUCACCAACACCAUCGUGGAGGAGCUACUGGAAGAGUUGUAUUACGCUCACAAGAACCUGGCCCAGCACAUUACCCAUCUCCACCGGCUUUCGGAGAGUCAGGACAACCUCAUCCUUCCCGAACAUCUGGGGAAACCUCAACUCCAGGCCCCGAAAGAUUUCACCGAUCACGAACUCGAUUCCAACAUCGACACCAUGGCUAUCAAAAGACAGAAGAACUGCCGCAGGAUCCGGCCCGCUUCUGCCUUUAUUAGUGGAUCGGAGCAAGACAGCGACCUGACAGCCGCUAAUAUGAACUCCCCACUGGGGUGGAUCUCUCUGGUCGGCAACGCACCGUAUUCCUAUUCGCACAGCGCCUCCUUCGACGGGCUUUUCGAGCUGCCCACAGAAGGGAGUCGGCUUGAACACCAGACGUGCGGCAGACCCCGGCCACCUCGCUCGACCCGGUUCCGCUCCGGCAACCGAAUUUUCCGUUCCUUGGAAUCCAGAGAACAGGAGAACGGGUUGGGGCCCAGACUGGAUGAGGGUCUCGAAGAAUUUUUUAACCGGAGAGUUCUGAGCAACACCAUCAGCUAUCCACGGAUCUCGGAGAGCUGCGCCGUACGGCCGGGCCUGUCCGAUUCCCUCCCACCGCUUCAGAGGAAGAGGAAAAAGGGUCUCUUCCAUUUUCGCCGAUAUCGCAGCAUCAAGGGAGAGCGAGACCCCGAUGACUUGCCCCCCAAUCCUCCCCCGCCUCCCCUGGGCGGCGAGGAAGCGAAAUCCCUGAUGUACUCGGUCGCCCACGAGAAAGAAUGGAAAUUGGAUCAGGACAUCACAGGGGGAUCCAUGCCCCUUCCAGGAAUGGCAGUCGUAGGAGCGCCUGGUAGCGGGGUGAGAGGCCUCCCGGGCCAUUCCAAACAGAUUUCCACUCCUGAUUCAGAGAGGGCACCGACAGACGCCCGGAGGACCGAGUUGCUACAGCCGUCACGCGUCCAAGGAGUACCGCUGCCGGGAAUGGAACGGGCUAAAGGUUGGAGUUUGGAUGCUAAACUGGAGAGCGUGGAAAUGGAGCAAAGGACGGGGAGCUUACGGGAGCAGCAAAGAAGACGAUCUUCGGACGACACAGGGCAAAGAGGAUGGAGGCCUCACCCUCCCCUGCAGAGCACCAAGCCAAGUUUUGCCACCAUUCGGCGGGCAGAAGCCAGCUGGGAUAUCGCUGAAGAGAGCUCCACCCGGGAAUGUGGGGGCAAAGACCCCUUGAGGGACCACCCCCUUGAAGAAAAGCAGACAGGGGCUGACGAGAGAGGCAUGAUGGGGGGUACACCAAAUUCCGAGAAGGACCGACUGACGACACCAACCAGUGCAAAGCAACAGCAAUUCAGGGAUUUCACUUCCACGCCACGUCCUCCAAAGCCGGUUGCCCUCCCCAGGGGCCGGAAGACCCCCAGCCAACCAGAGAGAAGUCGCAGCAACGAAGAAGGCAGCGCAGUCAUUCUAGAAGAUACCUGCACCUUCCCUCCCGUCGCUCAACCCCGACGUAGACCCAAGGAGCAGGAAAACGAAGGACUCUCUGAUGCUCCUCUUUCCAUUCCAGGGGAACCCGAGGUGGGGCGGAAGACGGCGCCUCUCAAACCAAAGAGAACACGGCGGGCACAGUCCUGCGACAAACUGGAGUCCGACCGGGGACGGAACCCGGGAUCUGGAGGUACCAGUGACUUCCCCCUGCCUGACCCACCUCCUCCUCCCCCUCUACUCGACCCGCCCAGCUGGAAAUCUCGCCCCGCUCUUCCUCCUCCUCCUUCUCAUCUCUUUCUAGCAGACCGGCACGGGGGAGGUGCCAGAACUGGGGCAGAGUGACGGAGAGACAUUGAGACGAAUCUCCGAAAACUUCCCACCAUCUGGCCGGAAGACCGAGGGGGAGGGGCAAACCAUGGGGAGGGUCUCCUCCAAGCUGCCCCCGCCCCACCCAAAAAAAGAGGUUGCCCUGCCUCCAAAAAGUUCCUAGUGGAAUUAUUUCAUUCGUUUCUUCCUCCAUUUGUGCCUCUUUCUUCUCUUGACUUUUUGGUCGAAAGCCCACUCCUCAUAUGCCUGUGGGGGUGGGGAUUCUCGUCCCAUCCCACUCCAGAUUUGUUUUUAACCAGGGUGGUGAGAAAAAACAACAACAAAGCCACAAAAUAUUCUCCCUUCCCACCUGUCCCAGUAAGGUGGGGGCGACAG